AUGUCUUCUGAGGAGAGGACAUCACUACUGGUAGACGCAAAACAUUGUAUUCGUAAUGUUAUUGAUAAGACUCAGAAAAAGUUCCUCGAAAACCGUCUGAUAGGGAAUUUCGAUUCAGAAGACUUCUCAGAUGCAUGGAAGAAGAAGUUCGCUCAUGCACCCACAUGGUGUGAUGCGGAUAUGUCACUUCAACAGAUUAAUCGGGGCAAGGCAACCGGAAACCGAAUCGCUCUCUAUGCCAGAGCAUUCUUCCAGUUAUGGCUCUUCAGAAUUGGUUGUUUUGUACAGCGAUACGCGUGGUGGACUAUUCUGAUAAGUAUGAUCCUGUACUGUCUAUGUCUAGGAGGUCUUCAACACGUUGUCAUCGAGACCGAUCUCGUGAAGUUGUGGGUGUCAGAAGGAGGUCGAUUAAAUGAGGAAAUGGAUUAUUUGGGACAAGUGAAACAUGACAGGGAAACUGGACAACUUCAUCAUGUCCAUAAAAUCAAGAGAGAUAUCGAAAAAGCGACAAAACCAGCGACGCCUGCUCCAGUAAAGGCAGAGACGAGGAGAGGUCCGGAGUUGCCGAAAGAGAAUGGACUAGGAGGAGGUUUUCAGGUAGUCAUCCAAACCCCGUCAUUCGAAGGUGAAAAUGUUUUAUCGAAAGAAGCUCUCCAAAAACACACUAAGCUUAUGCAAGAGAUCGCUGGUUAUGAAGUUCAUAUGUUCAAUGAGACCUGGACCCUAUCCGACAUUUGUUUCAAACCACCAGGCCCAUCUUUCAACAGUGGACCACUCGCUGGAAUCAUGUCGAAACUUCUUGACAAAAUCAUCCCUUGUAUCUGGAUUACCCCUGUUGAUUGUUAUUGGGAUGGAGCUAAAGCGUUGGGGCCGAACCCACCAUUGAAUUUGGGACCAGAAGUGUCAAGUUUUAUUUCUUCCCUUCCACCUGGAAAUGUGACUUGGAAGAAUUUGAAUCCGACCUCAGUCAUCAAAGAGGUGGGAGCUCUCUUCGAUUUGGGACCAAUCGGAAAUUUCUUCGAAAGAGCUGGAAUCGAUGGAGCAUAUCUCGACAGACCAUGCAUUGAUCCAUUAGAAGAGGAAUGCCCCAAAUCUGCACCAAACUAUUUCGAUAGAUGUGCUGCUCUCACAAAGUUCAACGAGUGGAAUUUGGCAAAAUCUAUGAGUGAGCAGGUCACAUUGGAGCGCAAAAUCAUUAAGAAGGAGGAAGAAACUAAGGAUAUUGCCGAGUCGAUUCUCAGUGAUAUUUUUGGCAAGAAAAGAAGAAAGAGACAAGCUGAAACUGACGGAGAUGAAGCAACUACAGCAGCAACGUCUGCCACCAAAAAAUCAGCUGGAGACUCCAAGAAGGACGAUGAUUACUAUGCAUAUGAAGAUGAUGCGGAUUAUAUCAACGGUCUUGGAAACACAACGAAUCCGAAGAAAGAUGCAGAGAAGGAAGCGAAGAACACGCUUUGUCUGGAAUACGGAGGCUCUCUUCUCAAAUGGAUGCAAGAGAAUCCAAAUAGAUUAGGAGAGUUUUUGACAAAGGAGGAGAUGCCAAAGUAUCCAAAUUAUGGAGAUGUAAUGACCGGAGGAUGUAAGGGAUUCGGAAAGAAGAUCAUGGAAUGGCCAGAGGAUCUGAUCAUCGGAGGAAUCGAGAGAGAAAAUGGAAAGCUGGUGUCAGCAGAGGCCCUACAAUCGGUGUUCUUGGUGUCGAGUCCAUAUGAUGUUUUUGUGAGAAUUAAGAAUGACAAAACCGACAGCCACCCGGGCCUCAACCGCCACCAUUUCCAACCAUGGAUGGCCGGAGAGAUCAUCACUUCAUGGCAGAGAAAUUUCACCAAGAAACUCUACGGUCACGAGGCUAAUAAAGAGCAAAGAGUGUUCCAUCCACUUGCUUCCACUUCCAUCGCUGAUAUGUUAGAAGAGUUCUCCCAAUUCAACUACAUGAUCAUCGUCAUCGGAUACGUUCUCAUGGUCAUCUAUGCUGCAUUCACUCAAGGAAGAUUCCAAGGAUGGUGGCUCGCUGUUCAAUCGAAUGUCGCCUUGGCUAUCGCUGGAGUCAUUUUGGUUACAUACUCCUCGAUUUGUGGAUUAGGAUUUGCCACUCAUUUGGGUAUCAACUUCAAUGCUGCAACAACUCAAGUAGUACCUUUCCUUUCACUCGGAUUGGGUAUUGAUGACAUGUUCUUGUUGCUCCAUAACUACGAUGAAAUCAUUAAUAUCUGCGACAAAAAUGAAAUCGGAGUACUGUUGAAAGAGACUGGAAUGUCGGUCAUGCUCACCUCGAUCAACAAUAUUCUUGCAUUCAUCUCCGGAUACGUUCUUCCGAUUCCUGCUCUGAGAUCGUUCUGCUCUCAAACUGCAAUCCUUCUGCUCUUCAACUUGAUCUUCCUUAUGUUCAUUUUCCCAGCAAUGAUUGGAAUCGACUUGAGAAGACAAAGAAAAGGAAAGAGAGAUUUGGCCUACUGUAGCAGAGGAACUCCACAGAUGCCAGCGAGCCAGAGUGUGCCAAGCAAUGUUUCCAAUAUGUCAUCACGUGCUGAGUUGCAAGGAUAUGGCAAGCAGAACGAAGAGUUCAGACGAUACGAACCAUGGUACACCGUCGGAGGAUUUCUCAACAAUAUCUAUAUCCCAGCUCUCAAGAAUAAUGUUGUCAAGGCCGUAAUUCUCAUCGGAACCGCCACUGCAGUUGUCUUCGGUCUCUACGGAAUGUCUACAUCUGUCCUGGGACUCGAGCUGGCUGAUAUCCUUCCAGAACACACUCCACCAGCAGCUUUCCUUCGUGCACGUGAAAAGUAUUUCUCUUUCUAUCCAAUGUUCGCUGUGCUUCGUGGAAAUGAAAUCGACAUUCCUCAUCAACAACAACUGAUUGAAGAGUACAGACAACAACUGGGAGCAUCCAAGUUUAUGAUCAAAGCAGAAGGCAAACUUCAACCAUAUUGGAUGUCUAUGUUGAGAGUGUGGCUUCAGUCUUUGGAUAAGGCAUUGGAAAAAGACUUGGCAGCUGGAAAGUUUGAUUUGACAAAUGGAAAUCCGAUAAAGGUGAAUGGAGAGAAACCAUCCCCAGAAUCCAUGAUAGCAGCGAGACUUGUCUGCUCCUUCGGCAACACUUACAACUGUGAUGGAAGACUUGGAAAGAUGAAAAUGGUAGAUCAAAACGAGAUUAUCAAUCCAGAAGGAUUCUACAACUAUUUGACUGGAUGGUUCAACGUGGAUAACAUGAUGUACUACGUAUCCCAGGCAUCAUUCUACCCAGCACCACCUGGAUGGGAGUACAACGAGAAGACCGCAAAGGUUGUCCCACCUUCUGAGCCACUUCUGUAUUCUCAGAUGCCAUUCUAUCAAAAUGAUUUAGUGGAUACUCCAGCUAUUGUGAAAAUGAUUGAAGAGAUUCGUGCCACUUGCGAGGAAUAUACAGAGAGAGGACUUCCAAAUUAUCCAUCUGGAAUUGCCUUCACUUUCUGGGAGCAAUAUUUGUCGUUGAGAUUCAACUUGUUCAUGGCUAUCUUGAUUAUCGCCGCCGCCGUCUUCACUGUCAUCUCGAUUCUCAUGUUCAACCCAUGGGCUGCUACAUUGAUCAUGUGUAUCGUCGUCAUCACCACCAUUGAGCUCGGAGGAUUCAUGGGUCUGAUGGGAAUCAAGAUGAAUCCCAUCUCAGCCGUCACCCUCAUCUGUGCCGUCGGAAUAGGAGUUGAGUUCACUGCUCACGUUGAGCUGGCCUUCCUGACAGCUCUCGGAACCAUCGAUCAACGUCUUGAGUCGUGUCUCCGACACAUGUUCGUUCCAGUAUACCACGGAGCGAUUUCUACAUUCCUCGGAGUCGUCAUGCUCAUCUUCUCUGAAUUCGACUUCGUUGUCACCUAUUUCUUCUACACAAUGACACUUCUUGUGGCGUUGGGAGUGUUCAACGGAUUGUGUGUACUUCCUGUCAUUCUGACGUUGGUUGGACCAGAUCCGGAGUUGACGCCUACAAGUGGAGACUCUGUGCUGCCACCGCCGCCUCCAUUGAGGCAGCAGAAUGCGGAAAAGGAGGCGUACGGAGGUGGAGGAGCAGAAGGUGGACUGAGGAAACGAAAAGAGAAGAAACAGGCGGAGGUCGAAAUGUCCGCCCGUGACUCUCCAUCAACAUCCUCAGCAUCCCACUCAUCCGACGAGGAAGCCACUUCAAAAUAA